UGGAACCGGCGAGUGCGAGAAGAACGUGAAGCGUGUCAGGAUGCUGGAACGACAGGAUUCCACUUGCACCGGUUAAAAUGAAUCGCAGGGAGGACCCGCUGUUGCGGCAGCACCGCAACCGUUUGCUGCAAUUAGCCGAGGCGACAAACAUCAAGCCUGGCCGUGGCAGCGGGAAAAGACGAGGCCAGAGGCAGUCGCACGGUUUGGGACCCAGCAAUGGAGGACCGAGCAGCGGCAGCCGACUGACCCUCCAGGAUAUCGUCAGAAGCGAUCCUGGAUACACGCCAAACAUCGAGCAUUUAGUUUUCCCGGAGCGCAAGAGCAGCAAUCCGAAUUUGGUGAAACCGCCUGACGAAACCCCGCCGAAUAAAUCCAAGAACCCGACGAGCUCGGGGAGAUCCAGGCUCGCCGAAGUGUUCUCCAGGCAUUACUCGAGAGGCUCCUCCCAGGAUUCCUCCGUCACGUCCAGGAAGAAUCAUCUGAACAGCACGUCACUGGACAGCGGAGGAGCGGUGUCCCAUCAGGCGACAGGAUCGAGCGGAGGAGCGACGGUGGUGACGAGAACCGGCGGGCGACGUUGGUUGUCGCAGAGCUCGCAAUCCUCGAGGCAGCAUUCGGCCGAGGACGGGGUACGUGGGGGCAACGUGGGCGUCAUAGGGCCCGUUUCGACCUCGUCCUCGAGUCAGGCCCCUGCUCCCGCCCUGCCACCUCGUAGAGUCAGUCCAGCCGCGGAUUCUACCGACAUCUCGAAUACGGCCACUGGCUCCCGCGGCGACAGAGGUCAAAACGUGUCGAUCCUGCAUUUACGCAGCACGUCGGAUCCAUGGGAAGUCGGUUCUCAAGGCUCCGCGUACAGCGUUGGAAGCAAUAAAAGUCAAACUGGCGGCAAAGGAAAAUCAAGUGGAAGCGCGCGGGGUUCGUAUACGCGUGGCACCUCGAUACCAUCGUUGAAGCGGCACGACACAACAGCAUCGACGUCCUCCACGUCCAGUUUAAAACAGCAUCGACAGGAUAGCCACGGUCAGGUGACGAGUUCUCGACGUCGAGAAUCCUCGAAUUCGUUCCUGUCGGGGAACAGCGGCACCUCCGGCGAACUUUUCAUCAGCGGCGACUGCAGCCGAGAAUUGUCACCGGUGAGAUGGUGCGAUCGCGAGGUAGACGGUGUCUAUCUGGGUCGAUCGGGUUGGGUUCAAGUGCAACAACGAUCCCUCGACGAGAACCGACGGAUAAACUACGAGAGUAGCUUGGUCACAGCGACCACGGGCACUCUGCCGUUACCGCGGCGAGCCACGGUGAAAUUGGCCGACUAUCAUUGCAACAGCGAGCCAGGCAAAUGUCCGGAGGAGUUUCUACGAUUGGACAGCCAAAGGCCGGACUAUCUGGCGCUCCACGGCCAGGAUUUCGAUUCCGUGGUGAGCAGCACUUGCACGUCACCGCACAGCAUCCCGGAAUCUUAUUCCCCUCCGUCGAUCACGCCGAUCAUCUCGCCACCGCCGGCGUUCCAGGAUGUAGUCGGCAAGAAAUCCUCGUCGAAGCACGCUACGGGCCGCAACAACUAUGGAAAGGCGCCGUUCCUGCCGCGAUCCAACGCUAUAGUGGACAGUGACAUCAUCAGUCCUCCACCUUCGCCUCCGCAUCAGGUGAAUUGGAGUUCCUUGCCGUCUUCCUCCCGCAAAUCCUCGAACGCUCCGUCCAGAUCACGGAGGCAGAGUACCAUCACCAGUCAACAGCAGCAGCAGCAGCAGCAACAACAACAACAACAACAGCAGCAGUACAGAAUGGCGCAGGCUAAAUCGUUGGAAGAUCCAACAUCUUCGAGAAGAUCGCAAUUCGUGCAACGUUACUUAGAAUCCUCGAGUUCGUCUUCGUCGUCGGUGGGUUUCAGAAGUCUGGAUAGUUGCGUUACCAGAUCUACGAUGCCUCGAUUGGCCGAGAAUACGGAUUCAUCGGUGGAGGGAUACGACGACGGCGACGACGAGGACGACAAUCCUAGCUCCUCGUUGAAUCUCAGCCUCGUUUCUUCUUCGAUAAUAGCGUUGAACUCGUCCACGGAGUCUAUCCGCGCGAACGGCGAGAGGAUCUCGCCGAACAGGCAGGCUCGUCAUCAUAGAAGUCAACAGGGAUUAAGAAGAUCACCGGGAUCCUCGGAAUCCGGCAAGUUAUCGUUCAAUUCACCAUCCUCCACCUCGUCGUCGUCUAGCAGCGCUGAAAGACAAGGGAGAUCCCCGACGCCCAAUCCUUUCCGACGUAGCAACGCUCCGAGGCAGCAUCAGAGCGCCAGGACGGCGCAAGUGUCCCCGGAAUCUCAUCAGUCGCGGGUAAGAAGAUCCAGAAGUCUUCAAUUACCGGAGAAGAGAUCUCCGAGCGCCGCGGCGCCGAACAGGGAACACUCGAGGGAAUCUAACGAACCCCAUAGAGUCGUCGUGAAAAUUUCCACCGAUCGAGCGAACGAGAGAAAACGUCACAUUUUGCAAAAUAGGAAGGCGCAGUCAACCGAGGACGCGUUAAACGAGGAGAUUCUCCGUGAAACGGAGGCAGUAACCGAGUUCCUUUACGGCACGAGAAGCCGUGCAGUCGCGAGGAAUCUUCUCUCGAGUCGGUUCGAGCGCCGCGAGGAGAGCCAGGAGCAGAGACAAAGGAGCAAUCCAAACACCUACGACGUUUACUUCAUCUCCUCGAAGCAGCAGCAAUCUUCAAAAUCAGCCGGCACCUCUAUGCAACAGCAGUCGCAACAGCAGCAGCAACAGCAGCAGCAGCAACAGUCCCAGCAACAGCAAACCAGACGGCCGAAGACGUUGCAAAGAGGUGCGACGACCCCUAACGCGAAUCCUUCCACGUCGAACCACGACUUCUGCAUCAGCCCCGACACGAAGUUACGAUGUAACAGCAGCACUUGCGACUUCUGGCCGCACUGCUCGCAAAGAGACACUUUGUACUCUCCUAACCAGGCACCGGUAUUCAUGAAGCUGUCCCAGAGCUAUCCAGCUCAUCAGAGACUCCCCGCGGACUCGGCUGCGAGCCACGCGAGCAGAGGAAGCGCCAGCUCGUCUCCGGCGUCAUUAGAGCGAAUGGACGAUCGGGAGUUCCGUGAACGCGAGACCACCCGGAAGAAUCGAGCUAUUCGCGAUCAGAACAACAGUAACGCGAGUAACGCGGUUAAGUACCAGGAGAGGCAGCCGAAGAGCGUGUUGAAGCAGCCUAGUAGAUGGUCGCCCCUGGAGGGAUCUAAUGGAAAUGGUUCGAGCGUGGAGAAACGGGAGCAUCACAGAUUCUAUCAGAAACCUGAAUUCGCCGGUAGCUUCGAAGGUUGCGAGAACAAGGAUAGAAAAGUGUCGCCUGUUCAAGGGAAGAAUAUCGUGAACAGAUCGCCGAGCGGUCAGGUAGUUUCCUCGUCGGCCACGUCCUCCUCGUCUAGCAGCGAUAUCUGGGUCACUACGUCCGACAGAACGGUGACCAAGAGCCCGAGGAACGCGAAGAGUUCCGGCGCGUCCACUCCCAUGGAGGAUGCGGUGAUUGGUUCCCUGAAGACGCUGAUGGAGCCGCCGAAAGAUGGAAUGCUGUCUAGACCUGGAAGCGCUCCAACCAGAGGGGAGGACACUCUAUCCGCGGAUGGAUCUUUAGAUCCUCAUCAACGGUCGCUGUCUCUGCCAAAGUCUUUUCUCACGCACAACACCGACGGAGGCAGAGCUCGCUCUUGGCAACGUGGGCAGAUUUCCCAAAGGUCAAGCCCCAGUCCCAGUCGACUUCACCACACGCAGGAAGUAGCCACGCCUCACACAGCUCCCGUUUCCCCUCUUCACGAUCAACGAUCGAACGUGUACUCUGGAAAGGAGAGAAGACGAAUUCCUGGGCUGAGCAAGGCGCAGAGGCGUAUCAAAGCUUCGAGCACGCCGGCACUUCUGGACCGUGAUGUGGAAAGUCGACAGUGGUCUGGAGACGAGGAGGACGAGGGCACAACAGGUCACGUAACAACGGAGCAUCCUCUGGCGGAGGCGACAAUUCCCUUGGUCUCUCACUCGCGUCUUCAAGAGCAACCCUCGAACUUGAGUGGCAAUAUCGUGACCGCUUCCGGGGCACAGAAUCCUCCCCGAUCGAACGUUCAGAGCCAGCAAGAGAGCGUUCUGCAGAAAUUCAGAAAGAGCUUCUCCUUGAGGUUCCACAAGAAAGGCAGCAAGGAGAGCAACGAGAGCGAGUGUCCGGUCGAAGAUAACGAUGGAUCCGGCCCUCUCGACGAGGAGGAGGAAAGAGAACCGCCGACUGUCACGGAACAGUCUUCCCAACACAAGGAAGACACCAGUAACGACCAGAAAUUUCGAUUCGGUCCUCUGGUAUGGAGAAGCAGCAAGGAGAGGAAAAAAGGCAGCAAGGCUGCAAGAAACGCGAAAUGUAACAGCGGGGACAGUGGAAUACAGAUCGAGAUGGUAUCUGGUGGAGCAUUGACUGGGGGCAGUGGUGGUGGAACGAUGGGGGGUGGUGAUAGCUCCGAGUCCCACGACACGGAUGUCCAAGACGAGACGGACAGCCCGCCGGCCGUUCGUAGGCGAGUCGCCGACAAAUCACGACCCCAGUCCGAGCUCAUCAACCAGAUACUGAUCGACAAGUUUAAGGCGGAUCUGCAGAGCCGUACGUCGAGGCACCAACAUGUACGCAGAACGAACAGCGAUUUAGGAGGUCAGAGGUUACUACAGUGGGAUACGAGGUCCGGGUACAGCCACGCGCACAAUUACCGAAGGAUGCUCUCGACGCCAUCGCCGAUCAAGACGAGGCCUCCUAGGCUCAGUCCGAGGCACUCCUCCCAUGACAUCGUUACGCUGAGAAGUAACGCGAAAGGGAGGAGUUCUCGGACAAAUUUGAGGCGUUCACUUAGUCAGCCACUGGGUAUCAAUCAGCUGUCACCCUUGAUGCGCACCAAAACUGCAGUUGGCGCGAGGUUGCCCGGUGGUAACGUCCUGUCCGAGGAUGAACAGGACGGAAGAGGUGGAACGUCCGACGAUGAGAUGAUGUCCGACUCCGAAUCCUCCGUUGCCUCCUUGACGGACCGAAAGAAAUCCUUCGAGCAGACGAUGGACGAGGAGGUCGUAAUCCUGGCUGAGGCUGUUUGGGACCACGUGGCGAUGGAACCUGAAGAGCUAGCUUUCCGUGCUGGCGAUGUGAUCGAAGUUUUGGACAAUCUGGAUAAAGACUGGUGGUGGGGAAGUUGUAGAGGAGAGCAUGGUUGGUUCCCGGCUGCAUUUGUUAGGUUACGCGUGAGCCAAGAAGACACCGUCGAGGAUUGUUUGGCGGCGAUGGCCUCUGGAGGCACGUCGAGCACGCAACUAAGAAGACGCACCAGUGUUUCGUUGUUGUCGAACGAGCAGGUACGAACCAGCGUGGUUCGCGAGUUAGUUCAAACUGAACGAGAUUUCGUUAAGAUACUGAGAGACGUCGCUGAAGGAUACAUAGCUGAAUGUCGACGUCGCACGGAUAUGUUCAACGAGGAACAGAUAGAGACGAUAUUUAUCAAUCUCGAAGAGCUGCUUGACUUUCAAUCCGAGUUUCUGGAAGAUCUGGAGCUGAGGAUCGACUGGAAUUCUCCGCACAAGAGUUGCGUCGGUGAAUGUUUCAUAAAUCAUAGGGCAGGAUUUCGUAUGUAUUCGGAGUACUGCAACAGUCAUCCGAUGGCUAUCGCCACGUUGCAGGAAUUGUAUCAACAUAAUCGUUAUAGUAAAUUCUUCGAAGCGUGUAGGUUAAUGAGAGGACUGAUAGAAAUUCCUUUGGAUGGAUACCUGUUAACGCCCGUGCAACGGAUAUGCAAGUACCCGCUCCAAUUGGCGGAGCUGUUGAAAUACACGAAAGCCGAUCAUCCGGAUUAUCAUAAGAUUCAGGAAGCCCUCGAAGCGAUGCAAGGUGUCGCUGUCUUGAUUAAUGAAAGGAAGAGGCGAAUGGAAAGCCUUGAAAAGUUGGCUGCGUGGCAGUUAAGGGUUGAAGGAUGGGAGGGUGAAGAUCUCAUAGAAGUUUCGUCCCAAUUAAUUUAUCAAGGUGAAGCUGUGAGAGUUACUACUGGCAUGUGGACAAACAACAUCACCCUUUUCCUCUUCGAUCAUCAGUUAGUGUAUUGUAAAAAGGACAUUUUAAAACGAAAUACUUAUGUAUACAAGGGGAGAAUUUAUCUCGACACAAGCGAGGUGAUCGAUGUUCCCGAUGGGAAAGAUCACCAACUUGGAGUAACAGUGCGACACGGUUUAAAAGUUUAUAGCUGUGUUCGGGAUAAAUGGUUGCUCUUCUGCUGUCGCACAGCAGAAGAGAAACGCCGAUGGUUGGCAGCCAUGGCGGAGGAACGAAGGCUGGUUGCUCAAGACAGAAACGACGGAUUGGAAUUCCCCGCUGCGGCCAGGCAAUUGGCCAGGAUCGCGGCGACCAGGCAGCAAAAUAGGCCGCCGAUCAAACCUCGCAACAAAACGUACAAAAGAGAAUCGGCUUACGAAAUGCCAACAAUGUUCGGGCAAGGCACGACAAACUCGUUAGGACGUAAAGUUGGCACUUGGUUCACAUUCGGUAGCAGCAAAAAAAGUACUCGACUUCAGCCGUCCUGAGA